CUUUCUUUUACGCCUACCUUUUUCUUAAUUCAUUUAUACCUACUGCAUUCCUUGUUUGGCCCAAAGGAAUAAAAUUACUAUUAUUUUUAAUAUAACAAGAAGAGGAAUACGGCGUCAGUGAUGGUGGUCCUAUAAACCACCAACAAGUUGUGAUCAUGCCUGAGGGACCCGAGUUAUUCUUGGCAUCAAUUUUCAUCAACUCAGUAAGUCAGAACAGACAUUUUGGAGGACGUGUGGUGAAGUCUGAUGUAUCGAGGAAUCCUGAGGUGGCAUGGCAGUCAGAAGUGUAUCACCUGCAGGCUGUGGCCAGGGGCAAGGAACUGAAGGUGACUCUGUGUGAUGGCGAGGUGCAGAAGACAGGAGAGAAGACAUUGGAUAUUGUCUUCCGUUUUGGGAUGUCUGGCACCUUCAAGUUCACGACUGUUGAUGAGUUGCCCAAACAUUCACAUUUAAGGUUCUUCACCAUCAGUGAAGAAAUCCCAAUGGUCCUGAGUUUUGUUGAUCAGCGUCGCUUUGGCCGCUGGGAAGUUGGAGGCACCUGGGGUUUUGACCGAGGUCCAGACCCAAUGUGGGAGUACCAGAGCUUCAGAGAAAAUGUUAUAACAAGUCUUCACUCUCCUGCAUUUAAUAAGCCUAUAUGUGAAGCAAUGUUGAACCAGAAGUAUUUCAACGGCAUCGGCAACUACUUAAGAGCAGAAAUCUUGUUUAGAUGCAGCAUCCGUCCCUUUGAUGAAGCGAGGGAAGUGUUGAGUGAAUUAAAACCUGUCAGCAAAUGGUAUGAGGCACAAACCAAGCAAAAGUCAGGUAAUAAGAGUGAAAUGAAUCCUGACAUUCUGGACUUUUGUCACAUCGUGCCCAAGGAAGUGAUCCACCUGAGCGGAGGAGGAAAGGGUUAUAAUGUUGACCCUGAUGCUGAUGACAAUGAGUACAAAGAAUUUAGGAAAUUUGGCAUGAAAAACACGGUCAUCAGUCGAGUGGUCGUAAGUCGAGCAGGUCGUAAAUCGGAUGGCCUGGCUGAGGUGUUACAACCAGGAUGGUAUGAGAAAUAUGGUGGAUCACAACGGUCGCACAAUGUGGUUCUCUGGAAACCCUGGCCGCUUGAUUCCUAA